AUCCGGGUGGAAGCAAAGUUUUUUGGAGUCUGAAAAAACACGUAGCCAUCCCGGAAUGUUUGCAAACUGCUAAAGACUGGCUGUCAGGGGAAUGUAAAAUACUUUGGAUAUAUUUGGCGCUGAACACGUAUCUGCGGUUGUCUUUGCGCAUUUGGGAUAGAGUGGAGUUUGAUCCAAGAUUGGUCCAAAACGGCGCAGUAGAGGCACUGAGGGGGAUCGGAAUUUACCGGUGACAAGGAAAAAGAGGACGCUUCCAACUACAUGGGGCAGGCCUUUUAAAUCACUACAAAGGAGACAUCUACCAAGUAUUAGGUCUAUAUGAAAGUAAGAUCUUCAAGGAGUGAGUGAACUUUGUGCUAUCCGCGCGCCAUGGCAAAAAAGUACGAUUUUUUGUACAAACUGUUGCUCAUCGGAGACAGUGGUGUUGGAAAAACGUGUCUUAUCAUUCGUUUUGCAGAAGAUAAUUUCAACUCUACUUACAUUUCCACCAUUGGCAUUGACUUUAAAGUGAAAACCAUCGAUGUGGAUGGAAGGAAAGUGAAACUGCAAGUCUGGGACACAGCGGGCCAGGAGAGGUUUAAGACAAUAACAACAGCCUACUACAGAGGCGCCAUGGGCAUCAUCCUGGUGUAUGACAUCACAGACGAGAAAUCCUUCGAAAACAUUCAGAACUGGAUGAAGAGCAUCAAAGAAAAUGCAUCUGCUGGAGUCAGUCGGAUGUUGCUCGGUAACAAAUGUGACAUUGAAGCCAAGCGGAAAGUUCCUAAGGAGACAGGAGAGAAGCUGGCUAAGGAUCAUGGCAUUCGGUUCUUUGAGACAAGCGCAAAGUCUAGCAUCAAUGUAGAUGAGUCCUUUUUGGCUUUGGCAAGUGAUAUUCUUCAAAAGUCCAACAAGAAAACAGGUCAUAGUGGUCGAGAGGUCAAAAUCACCAGCAGCACAGAGAAAAAAGCUUCCAAAUGUGUUCUUCUCUAGACGCUGGUCAGAAUAAUAUUGCCAUUUUAAGGACACUUCACUUUUGCUUAAAAACACAUAUCACAUGUUUGGCUCCAUCUUGUGGCGAAAUGUAUAAAUGUACAAAAAUAUUUGGUAUACUUGUAGAGAGGCAGACGGUUUUUUACUUUCUUAUACUGUAACUUGGUACAGGUUUUCAGUUUUCAGGCUGUUUUGAUAUUUUUGUCAUAUAGGAAAAGCACACAGCUUAAACAAUACCAUUUUUAACUAUUUCAUAUUAAAGGGAAGAAAUAUUUUAUGUAAUCUACAUUGAGGAGGAAAAAAUAAAUAGUAUUGGAAAUGCUCUAGCCUGCACAGCCAACUAAAUACAGACCACUAUAGCUAUGAAUCGAGUAAAGUAUAUAGGCUUAUGAAGGUGUAGAGAAAGUGGAAGACUGAAUUGAGACAAGUGUAACAUGAGAUGACGGGGCGUAUGAAGAAUAAUGGAUUAAAGGAUGUUAAUAGUGGUGCUCGUGUGAAUGGAUACAUUGCCUUUUAGGAUGAGUGGUUUGAUAAAUGUAAUACUUUCAAUGGCUGUCUGAAGACCUUAUAGGAAUUUAUCUGACAUGACCAGUGUGUCCAUGAUUACAAAUGUGUGUAGUUUGAGUUGUUAUUUCAGUUACUUUGUGUGUGUAUUUGCACACGUCACACACCUGCUGAAUUAAACUUGUCUUUGGCUUUGUAUUCAACA